AUGUCUACCCUUUUAUGUAAUACAUGGCGAACUUUACAGUUAAUGCCAAAAUUAAAUCUAGUUGGAAAAUCUUCAUUAUUAAGAUUAACACCGAAUAUCGAACAAAUUAGAACAAGUGGCACCGGUUAUCCUGGUCGAAUGAUGUUACGUGAUAUAAAACGUCGAGAAUUGAUUCGAAAAUAUUGGCCAAGACGUUCGAGAUAUAUAAUGUUGAAAAAUAACAUGAUACUACCAGAAUCAUUUCGAAAUUAUUGUAAAGAAGAAGAAUUUGCUGUAUUUCCAAAGGAAACACAAGAUUGGUGGAGAUGGAAUCGUUGUGUAUUAACAUCACGGCAAUGGGGUGUGCUUGAAGAUUGGAGAGUUGGACGUAUUGUAUGGCGAAGAUUUGCUGAUUAUAACCAAAUGUCUGGUGUUAUGCGUAGGAAUCAAGAUCGUUAUACAAUUAGGAACGCUGUAGAAAUGAGCAGAGAUAGGCGUAUAAUUAAAGAAGAUCCUUAA